AUGCUGGUGCGCCUCACGGGAGCAAGGCACUGCAUUGAGUUGGGCGUGUACAUGGUGAGGGUUGGGGCCAGGACUGCUGUGCGAAUCUAUGCAGUGUGUCGCUUCCCCCUUCCACCUCCCCCCUCCUCUUCCGCCUCCCCCCGCCUCCUUCCGCCUUUCCCCCUUUCUCCUUCCCUCUCCUCCCCCCUCCUCCCUACCCCUCCCUCCCCUUCCUCCUCCUCCCUACCCCUCCCUACCCCUCCCUCCCCUUCCCCCUCCUCCCUACCCCUCCCCCCCCCUUCCCCCUCCUCCCUACCCCUCCCUCCCCUUCCCCCUCCUCCCUACCCCUCCCUCCCCUUCCCCCUCCUCCCUCUCUUCUCCCCCCAUUUCUGUCUCUCACCCUCCCCUUGGCCCUCUCCUCCCCCCUCCCCUUCCUCGCUGCCCCAUGGCUGUCCCUUGCUUACAACUCACUUGGUGGUGCUGUGCUGUAAAGGCUACUCCUCCCUCUCGACCGUCCUUGCCUUUCCCCCAGACGGCCUGCUGUUGGUUAUGUUUGUGUGA